AAUCCGAUCGAACCACAGAGAAAGGGAACAGCGCUCCUGGGUCUCUCCCUCUCUCCGCUCAUGUAUAUUUUUAAUUUGUAACUGUGCUUCAAUUUUUCCUCUGCAAACGGUUGGAUGGUUUCAGAGACAUCUGGCUUUCAGUUCAUUAUGGGAGAACCAUUGGGUCUGCUAAAAGUAAUUGUUGUGCAAGGGAAAAGGUUAGUAGUCAGAGACUUCAAGAGCAGUGAUCCUUACGUUAUUGUCAAGCUGGGCAAUCAGACAGCGAAGACCAGAGUUAUCAGUAGCUGCCUCAACCCUGUUUGGAAUGAAGAACUUAGUUUCUCUCUCAAAGAAUCUGCUGAAAUUCUGAACUUGCAAGUAUUCGAUAAAGACCGAUUCAAGGCGGAUGACAAGAUGGGUCAUGCUCACCUCAGUCUUCAACCAUUAAUCUCGGCUGCUAGAUUGAGACAGAUACUGGGGGUUUCUUCCGGCGAGACAACAUUAAGGAAGGUUAUACCCGACACCGACAAUUGUUUGGCUUGGGACAGCACUAUUAGUUGCAUAAAUGGUGAGGUAGUGCAGGAUGUUUGGCUGAGGCUUUCUGAUGUGGAGUCUGGGGAGAUAGAGUUAAAGAUCAAACUGACCAAUCCAUCUCCUGUUGCUCCCUCAAGGUCAAGAGUGUUAUAUUGGGCUGGAGUUCUUGGGAAUAUAGGCCAAUUACCUGGACUAGUCCUUCAUUUAUCCGUCCAGGUGUUUGACUUUGCUUCUGUUUUCAUUAAGACAUGCAUAUGUAGACGGCAUGAACAACCUGGUCCCAUGUAUGCAAAAAAUGCAUCUCUUGCGAAUUCCAUCCACGUAUUAUUGUUAUCAAAUGGCGCCUCAGUGUUUCCUCCCCUUUCCAUUUCUUUCCUUGGCGAGCGCGCGCGUUCUCUUUCUCUCUCCUCUCUCUCUCGAUCAGCGACGAUGAAUCUAAUAAAAUCGACGACAGGGCAUGAAGCAACGAGCUCUAACCCCAACGGAGAAGGAAAAAGACAAACCAUUGAUCUGCAGAAUGGAAGCGAAGUAGUCUUCAUUCCACGGUUUCUGUCGUUUGAGGAGUCCUGGAAAUGGUUCCAUUACCUCAACAAAGAGAUACCCUGGACCAGACCCAUCAUUCGCGUCUUCGGCCGUUCUUGCGUCCAGCCUAGAGACACUUGUUAUAUUGCAAGUUCCGGAUUGCCAGAACUAGGUUACAGUGGGUAUCAGCCUCAUGCAUACUCCUGGGAUGAUUUUCCUCCACUAAAGGAUAUUUUGGAGGCAGUCCACAAAACUUUUCCUGGGAGUAGUUUUAACAGCUUGCUCUUGAAUAGGUAUAAAGGUGGUAAUGACUAUGUAGGUUGGCAUGCUGAUGAUGAAAAGCUUUACGGUUCAACCCCUGAAAUUGUAUCAGUUUCCUUUGGUUGUGAUCGUGAGUUCUUGUUGAGGAAGAAACCAAGUAAAAUUCCUCGAGUACAAACCAAUAAAAGAGUUGAGGGUGAACCUCCAAGCAAGCGGUUGAAGAAGAAUAGCCAGUCCGACCAACACUCAUUUACAUUAAAGCAUGGCUCGCUAUUGCUGAUGAGAGGCUAUACCCAGAGGGAUUGGGUCCACUCGGUGCCUAAACGUGCAAAAGCAGAGGCCACACGCAUUAACCUUACUUUCAGGCGCGCUCUAUGAUCUAGCCUGCAAUUUUCAUGCUGUGUUGGACAAGAUCUACUUUGUAUGGAAGGUUCUUAAUGCCAAGUGCUGCUGGACAUCUUUGUUUGUUUGUGUCAACCACCUUCGGAUGGUAGAUGUUGUUUAAUUAUGCUCAUGUUUGAGUGAGAGAGAGAGAGAGUAAAUCUCUAUGUGGCCUUUUAGAAUCAUUUCAUUAGAUAGUCGUGCAUUUGACGGUUCAGGGUUUAUUGAUCCUGAGCAGAAUUUGUAUGGUCAACUCUGCUUUUCGCCAUGGGCUUUUGUAGCAAGUCCACACUCCAAGAGCACUUGCAUCGGGACCCUAUCUAAAGAGUUUCACUUGGCCAUGCCAUCCACUCGAGUGUAGCGUACUUCUUUCCCUUUCUGGCUGUGUGCGUCUUGCUUAUAGAUCAAAAGAAGACAAUGGCUUGGUUGUGCAACAAUGUAUUAUGUGAGAAGUACGGAUAGGUAAUUGGUGUAUAGUUUUGCUUUUAGCAUCAGCUACCCUUUCUUGGGAGAUAUAGCAAGCAUGGAUGCAGAUUGCAGGUA